AUGGCUUCUAGUGGACAAAUGCCAGGGCUGCUGCUGAACUACAGUGGUCCGGGCAACGCCCCUCCCCCAGGAAAUGGUCUGGGCUGGAAUCCACAGACGCCCCUUUACUCCUUGGGGGAGCAUAGGGCCGUAGUUGCUGCAGCACGUGCGCCGGGCCCGCCGCGCAGCCGCAGUAGCGGGAAGCGCCCUCCCGCCCGCGCAGCCGCACUCGGCCCGUGGGCGCCGGCCUCGGGCAACGGUUUCGCGCAGCCGCCGAAGCCGCCUCAGCGGGGCGGGUGCUGGCGCAGGCGCAGUAGCCAGCUGGGCGGCAACGGGCGGCCAACGGUCAACGGCCGUCCACGCGCCGACCGGCUGGGGGCGGCCGCUGUGCACGGCCGCUUCUCCGGAGCUGCCGCCGCGCCCUCCGGUCCCUUCAGCCCCGAGCGAGCCGCCAUGAGCGGCUCCGUGCGAGCCCUGCGGGCCGGCGUCGUCCUCCGGCGGGGGCUGGCGGCCCGGGGCCCCCCGCCGGCCGGCCCCGCGCCCGCGUCGGCCCCGGGCACCGAGCGCUGCGGGCUGCUGCGGAGCCUCGCCCGCGAGGAGGGCGCCCCGCGCAGCAAGAUCUCCAUCGUGGGCGCCGGCUCGGUGGGCAUGGCCUGCGCCGUGAGCAUCCUGCUGCGCGGCCUGGGCGACGAGCUGGCGCUGGUGGACGUGAACGAGAGCAGGCUGGCGGGCGAGGCCAUGGACCUGCAGCACGGCGCCUGCUUCGCCGGGAUGCCCGCCGUCGUGGCCGGCAGGGACUACCGCGUCACCGCCGACUCCAGCCUCGUGGUCAUCACGGCGGGCGCCCGCCAGGAGCCGGGGGAGACGCGCCUCGACCUGGCGCAGCGCAACGUGGCCAUCUUCAAGGCGAUGGUGCCCAGCAUCGUCCAGCACAGCCCGCUGUGCAAGAUCCUCGUCGUCUCCAACCCGGUGGACAUCCUGUCCUACCUCGCCUGGAAGCUCAGCCACUUCCCCCCGGGCCACGUCGUGGGCAGCGGCUGCAACCUGGACACCGCGCGCUUCCGCUUCCUCAUGGGGCAGCGGCUGGGCCUGCACCCCGAGAGCUGCCACGGCUGGAUCCUGGGGGAGCACGGCGACUCGAGCGUGCCCGUGUGGAGCGGGGUGCACAUCGCCGGGGUCCCCCUGCGGGACCUGAACGCGCUCGUGGGCACGGAGCAGGACCCCGAGCACUGGGGCCGCGUGCACAAGGAGGUGGUGGCCAGCGCCUACGACAUCCUGAAGCGCAAGGGCUACACCUCGUGGGCCAUCGGCCUGUCGGUGGCCGACCUGGCGGAGAGCAUCCUGCGCAACCUGCGGCGCGUGCACCCGGUGUCCACGCGGGUCAAGGGCCUCUACGGCAUCAACAAGGACGUGUUCCUCAGCGUGCCCUGCGUGCUGGGCCGGGCCGGCGUCUCCGACCUCGUCAUGGUCAAGCUCGCGCCCGCCGAGGAGGACGCGCUGAAGAGGAGCGCGGACACGCUCUGGAAGAUCCAGGAGUCGCUCAAGCUCUGAGCGCGCUUAGCGCUUGGAAGUCACUGGAGAGGAGGGUAGUUAGGGGAUUGCACCUGUCGUUUUAAGUUCCAAAAGAAGUAAAGGGAUAGAGGGACCCCAGUUUAUUUAGCCCCCAGAUGCUGAGUGAGAUAUAUAUAUAUAUAUUUUUUUUUACAAUUCUUCAGUGACUGAGGACACUUUUGGGGGACCGUGGCCCUUGCCUGUGCCAGGUGGGGGUGUCAGCUGUCCGCUGGCUGCCCAGUGUUGGAGAUGCUUACCCUUGGCACCAAGUACAUCUUACUUCUUUCAUCGUAGCUGACGUUUACUUGUGUUCGUUUAUAAGCCGUUCUUUAGAAGGUAACUUCCUCUACAGUGUGAAAAUAAACAUAUCAGCAGAAGUGCUUUCUGGGGCUGCCUUCAUUCCCUUGUGA